AGUUGGAAAUCGAAUCCCCAUCACUUCUUCUCACCGCACAUAAACAUGGCCACGAGGAAAUAUAUCCGUAGAUCUUUGCAGGAAAGAAAACAUAUACUCGAGAAAUAUGAUCGACUUCCUCAAAUGCCCCUAAACGCUGCUGCACGUUUGCUAAACGUCUCAGCUCCUCUGCUUAGCAUCUGGCUACGGAAAAGAAACAUGAAAAACGCCAAGUCAGACCUUUCUGGAGCUGUUUAUCUCUCCUGCAAGACACAUCAAUUAGAAGCAGCACUGUGGAGGUGGAUAGAUGAUUCGUUUGCCGACGGUAUUACCGUAAACGAGCCAAUGAUUCGUGGAAAAGCGAUUCGAGUGGCUGAAGAAAUGGGUCUCUCUAAUUUUCGGGCGAACUCCGCCUGGUUGAAACGCUUUAAAUCACGAGAGCCAGUAAUACGAGAGAUGUUUCAGGUCGAUCAGAAAGAGGGGAAUGCAGCUGGGGAUCCAAAAUCUGCAGAUAAAGUGACAGAACCCAGGAAAAACCUUGGAGCCAGAAAGACUCAUCGACUCGAAGCAGCACUCUGGCGGUGGAUAGAUCAUACUCGGCAGAGCGGCGUUGACUUGAAUGAAUCGACUAUUCGUUCAAAAGCUGCUCAGUUGGCCAAGAUUGUAGGUUAUGGUAAUUUCAGGGCAAACGCAGAGUGGUUUGCGCGAUUUCUAAACAGAGAGGGACUCAUUCGAUCAAUGUUCAAGAUUGGCAAAAAUAAUCCGGAUAAAAAGAGUAUGGGAAAAGUGGAGCCAAGGAUUAAUUUUGCAAAUGCAAACAUGCAACAGCUUGAAGACGCUUGGAGAUGGAUCGACCAUUGUCGUGAGAACAACGUUACAGUAAAUGACUCAGUGAUUUGUUCUGAAGCAUCCCGGUUGGCUCGGAUGAUGGGUUUCAUUAACUUCCAGUCAAAUGAAGACUGGCUGAAGUGCUUUAAAACCAGGGGAAGAGUCGUUCAAGGUGUGACCAACCCCAACCAAUGUUUAGAAAAUCCACCAAAUGACCAAACUAAGGAAGAAAGUGCAUCCGAUUACAUGCAACAAUAUGAUGACUCGAAUACAACUGACCAAUCUUACAGCGAAAGCGAUGUUUUAUCAGAUUUGGACAUUCCCAAACUCGAACCCACAGUCGUCUCAGCGGAGCUCAAUGGAGAUGUACACAGCGUCACUGUACCCUCACUGUGGCAGAUGAAGGAGGCCAUGAACACACUGGCAACCGGUUUACUCUACAGGGGAUUCUGUGACUUUAAACUGCUUCAUCGCUUUGAAAAAGAGGUGGACAAUGUUUUGAGGAGAUCUGUGACCCAAGGAAAAAACAACAGCUUGCAAGCCUAAAACCAUAUGUACUGAAGUAUACAAUGUACUUCCACAUGUAGUCUUUGUUUUAGCAUCAUCAUAACCUCUUUCACUGAGAAGACCACACGGGGGCGCCAAGUGUUUGUUAUAUUUAAACACGUUCCUCUUAUGUUGGAAACAGUCUAAUUAUUUAGCCUAUAUGAAUAAGAAUGAAUGUGUAUCACAUCAUUAAGGUCCUUAAUUUGUUAACGUUUGUAUCUCCAUCAAUGAUUUUAUUUUUACACAA